CCUCCUCCUCUUCCUAUUCCCCACACCGGGAAAGCCGCUCCCGCCCACGUGCCCCCAGCCGACACCGGCGUGGGAGUCUCCAACACUCCACGGGCAAAGCCCGCUGCUUCCUAUUUCUACAUGCUCCCCAGAACGCUCCCCGAAGCCAGCGACUCCAGCAAGGCGGCUCCUGAGGCCGCCCUGCUCCGCAGCCGGUGCACAAGGGGGAAGGGAGCAUCCCCGACAGCAGGGCUGCCCGACAGGCGUCCCGGGAAGGCGCAAAGCGUUCGUGCAGCUGGACAGUCUCGGUUUCACGGGAAGACCGUGUCGCUCUGCCUGGGGACAGCGGUGACCCAAGCCAGCAGCGGCCGUCCCGUUAACCCUUACCCCGCCGACGGGCGCGCUGCGCCCUUCCAGUAGACUGGGUUUGGGUCUGCCCGAGAGGCCGCGGUGGCGGGGCGUUAUCGGUGAAUAGUCCCCAAAACGUGGCAGUGUCGGUAAGGGAGCUGCAGAGACGAUCGCCCGGAGGAGCAGGGCUAGAGCCGGGCCCGACAGCCCCUGCCCGGGGCACACUUCUUCCAGGGGCUCCCGUGGCCGGGGUGCAUCUGCCCCGCUAAACCGGGAGAGCUAGACCGAGAGAGCCCUUUGGCGACGAGCUGUGCGCCCAAGGAAGGCAAGAGACGGCUGGGGGAGAGGGAGGAUGCAUCCUGCAGUUACUUAAAAUGCAAGCGUGCUCCAAUCUCGGGUUUAUAAGCACGACUCCUAUUCUUUAAGGCAUCUAUGUACAUUCAAACACGAGCACCGAGCCCCGCGGCGGCAUCGCCGCCUCUGCAAGCCCUUCCCACCACCUCCCCUGCGCGCACACACACUCACACGCUCUCACGCUGGUUUCUCCGGCAUUCCCCCCCGCCGGCGCCGGCCCCAUGGCUCCCCCCGCGCCCUCCCCACGCCGCCGGCGCCGUGCCGCCGCUGCGGCCGCUACUCCCGUUGCAAACGGCCCCUGAAGCGCAGCACUGCCCUGUGCUCGCCUCCCCGGGGACGGCCCGGCCGCAGAUCGCCCCGUCGCGCCUGGCCCGGAGGGGAGGGAGAGCGGGCUGCCGCCCUUGCUGCCCCCCGCUCCGGCCACGGCCAGCGAAGCCCAUCCGCACCCUCGGCCAGCGUCGUGAGGCGAACCCGCGAGGGCCGGGCGCAUGCGCGGGGCUGGCGAGCAGCCGUCCCCGGGCGACCAGCCCGCCGCUACCGGAGUGGAAGCGGGCGAGGAAUGCCGGCGGGGCCCCGCCGCCGACACCCCCAUGGGAUCAGAGCGGAUGGAGAUGCGCAAACGGCAGAUGUCUGCGACCCAGGAGACCCCAGGUGCUGCACAGGCUCCGCUCAGCGCAGGAAAUCGAGGGUCCAAUGCCUGCUGCUUUUGUUGGUGCUGCUGCUGCAGCUGCUCCUGUCUUACUGUUAGAAAUCAAGAUGAAGAGAGAGCAAGGAGAACAUCUCAUGAACUGCAAGCAGAGGGUAUUCCAAACUGCGAGGAAAGCCCUGCUCCUACUCUUGAAGAAGUAAAUGCCUGGGCUCAAUCAUUUGACAAGUUGAUGCUUACUCCAGCUGGCAGAAAUGCUUUUCGUGAAUUUCUACGAACAGAAUUCAGUGAGGAAAACAUGCUUUUCUGGAUGGCCUGUGAGGAACUGAAACAAGAAUCUAACAAAAGUGUCAUUGAAGAAAAAGCAAGACUAAUUUAUGAAGAUUAUAUUUCUAUCCUUUCUCCAAAAGAGGUCAGUCUGGACUCCAGAGUAAGAGAAGUUAUUAACCGAAAUAUGCUGGAACCCUCACAACAUACCUUUGAUGACGCACAGCUUCAAAUUUAUACCUUAAUGCACAGAGACUCCUACCCACGGUUUAUGAACUCUGCUAUUUAUAAGGACUUGCUUCAGUCCUUAUCUGAAAAAUCCAUUGAAGCAUAGAAUUUUUUCUUAAAUGUAUUUAUUUUAAAACAAACAGAACUCUGGGCUACAUCAAUCCACAGGGAAUUUAGAAUUAAUCAGAUAUUUACCUGAAAAUAACUCAGGCAAGUUUUACUACAGACUGAAUGAUUUAAACCCGCACAAGGCUCUGACACAAUCAGCUAACUACAAUUUCUGAUCAAAUUCAGUGUGUCUUUGCAAAAGAGAAUGAAGAGAAUUAUGAGAAAAUGUUGUUCAAAAACUGCAGUAUUUCUUUUUCUUCAAACACAGCAUGCAAUUCAGAAGCAAAACUGUUAGCAGCGUAUGUCGGAGGCACAGAUACCAACUGAGCACGAAGACUAGAUUUUAUUUAUAAGUGGAUUGUUAGAAUUUUCUGGAAAACCAAACCAGUUGCCCCACCCACACUGUGCCCAAAAUGAAAACUGUACUGUCAAUAUCUGGGUUACACGAGACAAAAGUUCCACAUAUACCUGGCUUACGUACGGUCCACUUCUCUUGGUAUAUUUAAUGCACAUAUGGUGCACUAAUGGAAAUCGGUAUGGCAAUCUCAAGUUUAUGGAAGCUAAUGGUUGAAAUCAUGCUGCCUAUAAAAAUCUUUUGCUGAAGAAUUGUUAUUUUACUAUUAGAGUUUUCUGAAUCCAUUUUUAAGUUCAUACUGUUGAAGUUUAUAAAGUUAAAUUAUUUACUUAAGAGGAAGAAGAGUCUGGGCAUUUAAAUUCCAAAACAAAGCACAAGAAUUCUCACAUAAUCUUCUCUUCCCUUGGUAGGUAGAUGUAAAAACCCUUCACUAUUUGCUCCUGAGUGGAUGGCAGUAUCAGCCAUCUUCAUUUUGUACAUAUUAAAUUGUCCCAUUAUUCACAGAUCUUGUAAGGUUUCUAUUCCAGAUACACACAUAUUUAAUCGAGAAAAAGAAGGAAGCUAGAACUAUUCUGUUCUGAUACAGCACUAUUUCAGACUGUCCAAAAGAAAAGCAACAGCUCUAUCCACUAAUAAACCAUGUUCAUUUACAGUAUCCCCAAAGCAUUACACUUUAUUUCUGACUGCAUCUCAAAAAUCAGUAAUCACAGAAAAUACUAGGAAGAAAGUAAGUUGAAUCUGCACAAUCUAUGUGUGGAUUAUGUACGUUAUUCUAUGUAUAACUAUGUAUGUUACUCUAACAACUUCUUUAUUUUAAAUUUCAAGAUUCACUACAAUUCCACUAAAUUAAAGUUUGGAGUUCACAGUGGACUUCCACUGAAUCGUGUUUUUUCCUGUACAUUUAUUUAAAUGAACCAAAUGACACAUAUAGGUAGGAAAAGAACAUAUGGGAAUCAGAAAGAAAAAAAUAAUACCCCUAGAAGGGAAGAACCAGGCAGGCACAGUUCAGUGGCAUUCACUGUAACCUUUCUAAAGCCUACUCUUUGCCUAAUUCCAGCGCUAUAAAAAGCACAAAAUGGAGACUUUCUCUGAUAAAAGACAAUGGGAAUAACAAGGCAAAAUUUAGAAUAUUAGUUUAAUUGUUUCCUCAAUGCACUCAGCAGGAGACAUGUUCUCCCCUUAAAUCAUUUGCAUUAUUAAACAAAUAAUGAUGAGAUUUUUCAUUACACAGCACCGCAGUAGAAUACUCAAUCCAUGGUAAGUUAACAAUACCUACGGAUCAGUUUCCAUCAUCUCCUUCCAAAACAAAAAAACUAUUCAACCUGUCAGCACAAAAAAGUAAACCAAAAAACUUAACCAGAAAAUCAAAGUGCUCUUAUCCUCUGAAGCACAACACUGGAUGACUGAGUUAAGAGGAAGACCUUCAAUAUACUGCUACUUAAGACACAGUCUAGUUAGCAGUCACCACCACUUAACAUACCAACACUGGUUAUCUCAGCUGAAUUUCUAGUAAACAUACCCAAAGCACUACCAACACAAUUUCAGUUUACAUAAAGUAUUAAACUGUAGGUAGUAACUUCUACAAAGCAAACUAGACAUACUGCUAACGCAGGGUUCAUGGGGAACUUGCAGUCAAAUUUAUGAAGCGGCAUGUACCAUACAAUCAGAUUGAUCUGGGUUGGAAGGGUCUCCUAGUCAUCAGAAAGAUCAUAUAGUUCCAACCUUCCUGCCAUGGGCAGAAACACCUUCCACUAGACCAGGUUCCUCAAAGCCCCAUCCAACCUGGCCUUGAAUAUUUCCAAGGUUGAGGCAGCCACAACUUCUCGGAUUCACCAUUCUCAUAGUGAAGAAUCUUUCUAAUACCUAAUCUAAAUUUACCCUCUUUCAGUUUAAAGCCACUCCCCCUUGUCCUAUCACUACAUGCCCUCGUAAGAAGCCCCUCUCCAGAUUUUUUGUAGGCUGCCUUUAGGAAGCUGGUCUAAGGUCUCCCCAGAGCCUUCUCUUCUCCUGAACAACCUCAGCUCUCUCACAGCCCAUCUUCACAGCAAAGGAACUCCAGCCCUCUGAUCAUCUUUGUGGCCUCCUCUGGACUUGGUCCAAUGGGUUCAUAUCCCUCUUGUGUUGGGGGCCCCAAGGGCUACAUGCAGUACCCCAGGUGGGGUACCAUGACAGUGGAGCAGAGAAGCAGAAUCACCUCCCUUGACCUGCUGGCCAUGCUCCUUUUGAUGCAGCCCAGCAUACGCUUGGCAUACUUGUUUUAAUCAGGGUGGGUAAAAGCACUCUAAAAUUCUUAGGUUAACAAAGUAAGUUUAACUAGGUCAAAUUCAGCUUGCUAGAAAGAUCAGACACACAUAUCAAAAGAAGUUCAAAGUGUGUCAUUUCACAAAAUGGAGGAUUUCAUUUCUUUUAAGUUAUCUCUCUUCCCUGCAAAGAUACCUCAUUAAGAGCUGGAAGACAGGCCAAACACUCAUCCUUUAUUUCACACAAUACAUUCUAUUAUUCUGCAAGAAAGAAACAGAUGAAAUGAGAGAGGAGAGAACUAUAUUGUUUUGGGCAGUUCUGUGGUUACCAUAUGAUUAUUAAAAUAAGAAAAUAUUUUCUAAGCUUAUUUUCCAUGUGCCACAACUUCUAAGCAAUUAGAAUUCUCUAGGCAAUUUUCCUUUUCUUUCUGCAAUGUGCAUCUUUCCUGAAAAAUUGUAACAAAUUUUAAUGCUAUGGUUUAAGUUUAAGUUUAUGCCCAACACCAACAGCAGAACACUGGUCCCUAGAUACCCCGAGAGAAUCUCUUGAAAAGCCCAAACAGACAACACACUCCCCUAAAUAUGUUGUGAUUCUGAGACUGCUUAAUGCUGGAUUUAAUUGAAGCAGGAAAGAAGGGGGGCAGAAAAGGAAAAAGAAAAAAGGAGGAAAACAAAACUCCACCCACACAGAAUGCAGGGUUUUAACUACAGUUCAUUACUAUAUACUUGCUCAUUAUGCACCAACUUUUCUCAGGGCAAAAGUGAGUCAGUCUGGAAAAGAAAAGAUACUAUAGAGAAGGUAUUACAUGACCAGCAGGAGAAAAUCAUACUGACACAAGAUAUUAUUUAUAAUUCAUCAAGUAAGAAAUUAUCACAAAAUCAAUUUAUCCUGGCUUGAAAAUAAGCAUGGUUGGUUUGUCUUGGCAUUUAUCUAACUGCAGGGUAUCAUUAAGCUCUAAUAACUUUCCA